GGAAUCUUGAAAUCGAGAAAUUUUGUGUCGUGCAUAAAAGGAUAACUUGUCAGAUGACACAAUAUCUAUUCAAAAUGAUAUGAUUGUAAUGACCUGACCUAAUCAUUAAAAGAAGGAUGAUAAGGGAAAUUAUGUUCUGAUAAAUUUACACAAUUUAUAUCUAUAUAUAUAUAUAUAUUCUCAUGUAGAAUAUCAAAAAGAGAAGCCGCAUGAAUAAUUUAAUCAGUAAUACAUUAUCAAUCUCAAGCUGAUAAUAAAUAAUGAUCAUUUGAUCUACAAUAUGCUACCAAGAUUAAGAAAAAUAUGUCGUUUUUAUAUGAUAGUCAUUACAAUUAUAAUUGUUAUUGGAAUAUUUAUAGUUUGGUCAAAAAGCAAAGAGAAAUCUAAAGGAAUUAGAUCUAAUGAUAUUGUUUCCUUGAAAUUUAUAAAUGAUCGACAAGAUUAUUUAGAUCGUCGGGGUAUCCAUGUGGUGGUAGGUCGUUACAUAGGAGAUUCUGUAGAUCCAUUGAAAACUCCAAAUAUUACAAAAGAUAUUAUUAAUAAAAAUAUGUUUGAUCCCCGUCCGUUUGAAGGUAGAAAUGGAGAACCAGUUAUAAUAUCAUCUAAACAUUUCAUCAAAAUGCAACAGCUCUAUCAAAUAAAUCGUUUCAAUUUAAUGGCUAGUGAUAGAAUACCAUUAAAUCGUUCUUUACCCGAUGUAAGAAAAAAGAGAUGUAUUACAAGGUAUAUGAAUUUAGUCGAUCUUCCUAGAACGUCAAUAAUUAUAGUAUUUCAUAAUGAAGCAUGGAGUACAUUAUUGAGAACAGUUCAUAGUGUUAUUAAUAGAUCAUCUAAAAAAUUAUUAAAAGAAAUAAUACUCGUUGAUGAUGACAGUGAUAGAGAAUUUUUAAAAGGACCAUUGGACGAAUAUGUAAGGACAUUGAGCGUUUCAACUAAAGUAUUACGUUCAGAAAAACGUAUAGGUUUGAUUAAUGCUAGACUUUUAGGAGCAAAGGAAGCCAAAGGUGAAGUACUCACUUUUCUUGAUGCCCAUUGCGAAUGUACGGUUGGAUGGUUGGAACCAUUGUUAGAAGCUGUAGCAAAGAACAGAACUCGUGUAGUAUCACCUGUUAUCGACAUUAUCAAUGACGAUACGUUUAGUUAUACACGAUCAUUGGAAUUACAUUGGGGAGCGUUCAAUUGGGAUUUGCAUUUUCGUUGGUUAGCACUGAAUGGUCGACUUUUAAAAGAAAGACGUGAGAACAUGGUAGAACCAUUUAGAACACCCGCCAUGGCAGGUGGAUUAUUUUCAAUGAAUAGAGAUUAUUUUUUUGAAUUGGGUAGUUACGACGAUCAAAUGCGCAUUUGGGGUGGUGAAAAUUUAGAACUGUCCUUUCGUGUCUGGCAAUGCGGCGGUAGCAUAGAAAUUGCUCCUUGUUCGCACGUCGGCCAUUUAUUUCGAAAAUCAUCACCAUAUACAUUCCCUGGUGGGGUUGGUGAAAUACUCUAUGGGAAUCUUGCCAGAGUAGCUUUGGUAUGGAUGGACGAGUGGGCCGAAUUUUAUUUCAAAUUUAAUCCCGAGGCAGCCAGAUUAAGGGACAAACAACAAGUUAGAUCGAGAUUAGCUUUGCGUGAAAAAUUACGAUGUAAGAAUUUCGAAUGGUAUUUGGACAACGUUUGGCCUGAACAUUUUUUUCCAAAGGAUAAUCGAUUUUUCGGCAAGAUCGUACACGUGAUUACAAGGAAAUGCAUCAUGCGUCCUCUGUCAAAAGCUUCGUACUCUCAGCCUUCGGCAUAUGCCGUUCUUGAGCCGUGCGUGUCACGUUCGAUUCUUGCUCAAAUGUUCAUCAUGACUAAAACUGGCGUUGUAAUGACGGACGAAAGUGUUUGCUUGGAUGCACCUGAACGCGAUACAUUACAUACAAGGCCAAGAGUAAAAAUAAUGGCCUGUAAUGGUCUCGAUAAACAAAAAUGGCGAUACGACGAAAAGAAAAGAAUAAUUUUACAUAAGUCUUCCGAAAUGUGUCUUCAAUAUGUGGCCGAUACAAAGGAGGGUCUUGUGAUAGCAGAUUGCAAUGGAAACGUCGAACAGCAAUGGUCAUUAGAAUCCGUCCCGUGGAAAUAAUCAUCAGUAUUUUUUCUUUUUUUUCUUUCUUUCUUUUUUUUCGUAACAUUAAUUAUUACAACGUAAUUUCCCUUUUAAUCGACGUAAACUAACUUAUAAAAAUAAUCGAAUCCUCUUUCGAUAAUAUUUUUAAUUUCAUCAAAAGUUAUUUUUUUUUUUUUUUCUUUCCCCACUAAUAACUUCAAGCUAUUAAUAUGACUGACUUUUUUUUUUUAUAAGAAAAGAAAAAGAAGAAAAAAAAAAUAUAUAUAUAUAUAUAGUUAAAAUGAUUUCGAAAGUACAGAUACAAAAUAAUAUAACAUGUCUAUUAAUAUUAAUGUAGACUACUAUUUUUCAAAUUUAAUUAGAAGAAAAAGAAGAAGAAGAAGAUCUAUCGAUUUUGAAGGUUUUCAAAAUAAUAAAUAUACACAAUAUACAUCAUGAUUAACUAUCGAGAAUUAAGAAAUACGAAUGUGUUAUGUUUACCAUUUAUAAAAAAGAAAAAAAAGAAAAAAAAAGGAAAAGAAACAGAAACAGGACAUUUCCGUGUCAUCGAGUUAUAGCAUCUCACUUAAGAUAAGUGUGUGUGUAACAUUUCAAGAUAGCAAUUAACGAUGUUUCUUUCAUUACCAUAAAAGAGAUACUCAUUUGGCAUUUAUAAAUAUACCUCAUUAGAAUAA